GUUGCGGAACGUAUUCCCGAACCCAUCGCCCCGCGUCUCACUUCAAACAAUAAAGCUUGUGGUCGAUUGUCCCUCGUGUCUAAAUCAGAGCAACCUAUCGCAACUCCCUAUUUUACUUUCGUUUCUUUGCCAAAUUUACCUCGAAUUAUUAGCUGGUUCUGAUAUUGACCAUUGACGGAUAGCGGCCUUCUUUAUUCAUCAUUGAAUUCACUUACAGAUAAUAGCGUGGAGGAACCACGGAUCAGAAUUCCUUCAACAUUGGAAUCCCUGAAAGCAAUAGAACAUCAAGAAGAACAUAGACGUGAAGAAGAAAUAGGAGACCGAAGAUGUACUUCAACGAUAGCAACAUAAUCAGCCCAAUGCAGGCCUUUGUUGGUGGAGUCGGUGUAGGUGGAGUUGGACAAGUUCAACAAAUGCAGGACCGCUUGUUAGGCUGGAAUAUUCCACCAGAACAUUCUGAUCUCGUGCAUCCCUAUUGGCGUGGAUUUCUAGCUCCCGGAAAAUUCUGGCAUAUCGGUCUCUCUUUGAUCUAUUUCAUGUUGAUGUGCUUGUCAAUCGUGGGUAAUGGCUGUGUGGUAUGGAUAUUUAGCACGUCAAAAUCACUGAGAACACCUUCAAAUAUGUUCGUCAUAAAUUUGGCGAUCUUCGAUCUGAUAAUGAUGUUAGAUAUGCCAAUGUUCCUUAUAAAUAGUUAUCUAGAGCGUCCAAUGGGCUGGGAACUUGGUUGUGAUCUUUACGCAGCAUUCGGAAGUAUCUCCGGAAUUGGCUCUGCAAUCAAUAACGCGGCAAUUGCUUUUGAUCGCUAUAAGACAAUUUCUUGUCCAAUUGAUGGCCGUUUAAAUGGUAAGCAGGCAGCAGUAAUCAUCGCCUUAACCUGGUUCUGGACUAUGCCAUUCACCCUUUUACCCAUGUUCAGAAUAUGGGGACGAUUUGUACCAGAGGGUUUCUUGACAACCUGCAGUUUUGACUUCUUGACCGAGGAUCAGGACACAAGAGUUUUUGUUGGUAGCAUAUUCGUCUGGUCAUAUGCCAUUCCAAUGGCAUUGAUUGUUCUUUGCUAUUCACAAUUAAUUGGAUCUGUCCGUAAACAUGAGAAAAUGCUCCAUGAUCAGGCGAAAAAGAUGAAUGUUAAAUCCUUACAAUCCAACCAGGAUAAAGAAAGAAGCGUGGAAAUGAGAAUCGCCAAGGUUGCAUUCACAAUUUUCUUCUUGUUUGUUUGCUCGUGGACGCCUUACGGAAUUGUUGCAAUGACAGCAACUUUUGGAAAUCGGGACGCACUGACACCCUUCUCGACGAUGCUUCCGGCAUUAUUCGCCAAAACAGUAUCUUGCAUAGAUCCAUGGAUCUACGCUAUCAAUCAUCCAAGAUACCGACUGGAGUUGCAAAAACGAUGUAAGUGGAUGGGUAUUCACGAGCCAGAACCAACUCACGAUAAUACAUCCGCAGUAACUGAGAAAAUCACUACCGACGAAGCUUAAAAGGUCUGCCGAACUAGUGAAUUUGAAUGAACAUCUGAAGCUACAGUAAUCAUCAAAGAUACUCAAGGAGACUGCAUUAUCAACCACCACCAGUGCAGACUCUCUCGAGUGUCAAUUCUGUUGGAUUAAUUUUUCGGGGAAACUUGAGGCAUUCACAAAAUUCAUUUUCACCCAGAAAUUUCGCUUCAUGUAAAUGUGGACUGUUCCAUAGGAAAUGAGUAUGUAUAGCAACAAAUUAUCAAUAAAACAAUUGGAAGCAUUCA